CCACGUAUAUACAUUAUUUAGUUUCGAUUACGAGAUGUCAGUUGUUUAUUUAGUACAUAAAUAUAUUCUAGAAACUCAAAUGAUUUAUUGUCCGAUCGACAAUGAUUCAACAUAUUGACUCUGUCUGGGAAGAUACCCAAUGUAUUUCGGAACUACUUUUCGUGGAAUAACGUGUUAAAGUAACGAAUGCCGUUUAAAAUGCAUAAAGAAUAUCGGAGUGUCGAUCGAUCGUUGAAAAUCGCAGUCGAAGAUGCGUAAGUUAAUACAGAUUUAACAAGAGAGGGAGGGGACUAUUUUUUAAUCGCGAAGAGCAAUGUUCCACGACUCGCGGCACCUGUCGUACUAUGCGCGAUGUAGUUUAGCGUGGCGGCGAACGGUGGGGCGGAGAGCGACGCUCCUAUUGGUCGAGUGAAAGGGGCGCGCGGUUGCUAAGCAACGGCAACACCGCGCGCGUCACCGGCCGGCAUAGCCGGCACGAAGCGUUCCUGGCACUGUGGCGGAAAAUUGCGCAGAACGACGUUGACUCUCGUCGGGUGCGAACGCGCUACGGUUUAGAUACGCGGUAGGAUAGAGACACACACCACAUACGUACGCACACACACACACACGCGCCGAGGCUUUUUUCCUUCCUCCUUUUUAUCGUCGACCAGAGAGAGAGAGAGAGAGAGAGAGAAAGAGAGAGAGAGAGAGAGAAGGAGACUCAUUUUAGCUUUGUUUUCGGGCAUUAUCGGAACGACCUAAGAACAAAGGGGAGAAGGCAAUUUUGAGCAGUCGUUCGAACACAGUAAAAAAGAAACCGAGAAGAAAAAUGGCAGAGGACAAGAACGAGACCAGCCCGAGCGCGGAGGGUGAAAAGUCACCGCAGGAAGCGGCACCGGCUGAGAAGCAAGAAAAAGAAGAGCCAAAAGAAAGCAAAGAGGAACAGAAGAAAGUCGAGGAGAAUGGCGACGGUGAGAAACCCAAGGAGAACGGCGAAGAGAAACCCACGCCAGAGCCGAAGGACAUGCGGGCUAUAGUACUGAACGGUUUCGGCGGACUGAAAAGUGUCAAGGCUCUUAGGAAGCCUGAGCCCACCCUUGCCGAGGGAGAGGUCCUCAUUCGAAUCAAGGCAUGUGGAUUGAACUUCCAAGAUCUGAUGGCCAGACAGGGCGCUAUCGAUUCCCCGCCGAAAACUCCUUUUAUUAUGGGAUCCGAGUGCGCAGGUGACAUCGAGCAGGUUGGAGAGGGCGUGGAGAACUUUAAAGUGGGCGAUCGAGUGGUCGCGCUUCCUGAUCACAAAGCGUGGGCAGAGCUCGUUUCGGUACCAGCGACGUCCGUUUUCGCGUUGCCACCAGGAAUGAGCUACCUCGACGCUGCAGCGAUCACGAUGAACUACACUGUUGCAUACAUUCUGCUCUUCGAGCUGGCCAACCUGGCGCCCGGGAAAAGUCUACUGCUUCACAGCGCCGGGGGCGGCGUGGGUCAGGCGGUGGUUCAGCUUGCAAAAACCGUCAAGGACGUGACCAUCUUCGGUGUGUGCAGUAAAUCAAAACACGAGGCUCUGAAAGCCGCUGGCACUAUCGACCAUCUAUUGGAACGGGGCACAGAUUACUGCAACGAAGUCAGAAAGAUAUCCCCCGAGGGCGUGGAUAUAGUUCUCGAUUGCCUCUGCGGCGAGGAAUGCAACAAGGGAUACGCGUUGCUGAAACCUAUGGGGAAAUACAUCCUUUACGGGUCUAGUAAUGUGGUCACCGGCGAGACGAAGAGCUUCUUCUCGGCGGCGCGAUCAUGGUGGCAAGUGGACAAGGUGUCGCCCAUAAAGCUCUUCGACGAGAACAAAACGCUGUCCGGAUUGAAUCUUCGUCACUUGAUGUAUCAGCACGGCAGCCACGCGUUCGUACGACGAGCAGUGGAUCGAGUGUUCACUAUGUGGAACGAGGGUAAGAUAAAGCCGAUGGUGGACUCGACGUGGGCAUUGGAGGACGUGCCGGAAGCCAUGCAGAAGAUGCACGAUCGCAAGAACAUCGGCAAGAUCGUUCUGGAUCCGAGUCUGGAGCCCAAGCCGAAACCGGCGACGCCCGCAAAGGGAAAAACGAAGGACAAGAAGGCGGCGAGCCAAGAGGAGAAGAAAGCGUCGAGCGUGGAGUCGGAGGAAGGCGAGAAGAAGAAGGAGCCUGAAUUGACAAACGGAACGUCCGAAGACAAAUCCGAUAGCGAUUCGAAAGAGAAAGAAUCGAGCUGAAUCAGCAGUAGCUGAUUCGAUUAUGCGUAUAUAUAUUUACAUAUAAAUAUAUAUAUAAUGCAAAAAGCGAAACUGAUAUUCCACAAAGAUCAAGGAUCCUCAGAUAAGUACUAUUUCAUUAUUAAAAAAAAAGAUAAAAAAACGGAUCAUCUGCAAUUGUUGCCACAGGUCGUGGAAGUUGAAUUUGAUCCGAACGAUUUAUUGAAACGAUCUCCGAAACAUCGUACGCGGAUGACGAAUUUUAACUUGUUCUUCGAUGAAAGGCAAACUGGAAUUAGAAUCGAGCGACGUUUUACGCGAGUGAAAUUAAUGAAUUUUUUAAAAAUAUGUCUGGUUUCGUUGAAGUGGGCAUUCGUUUGAGCUCGAUCGGAUUUAGUAAAACAUGGCUCGUUUCCUUCCAGGAAAGAAUAUCUGCAUGCUUCUGUUCUCCUCUCGUUUGUUUGCGCUGUGAGUUCGAGGGAAUCGUGAGUGAAAGUGGUGCAAAAAAAAAUGGAAAAAAAAAAAGAGAAAGAAAGAAACACAAAAAAAAAGGAACGAAAAAAUAAAGAAUGAGUAACACAAUCAUCCCCCGUGUGCGAACAAGAAGGAAACAAAGAUAGAAACAAACGACAACCAAAUACAAAUAUCAAUUUCGACGCGGUCCACAGUAGUUUACAGAAUAUAAAAGAACUAUUAUUUUUAUUUUUUCACACUGACCAAAACGAAUUGAUUUCACAUAGAGUGAACGCUUGUUGCACGCCAGAUUCGUUGGGCAGUCUAUUUAAAAGGUAGCGGAUUGGUUUUAUUUUUUAACGUGUUCUUUCGACGAUUUUCAUCCACCGGACUACUCGUACUUAUCAGAAAUAUCGAGAAAAUGAAAGAAAAAGGAGGAAAAACAUUGAUAAAAACCGCCCAACGAUCCUGCGCUGGCCAGCAAAUCGCUACUUUAUUUACUCGCAUUGACUACUAUUCGCUGCUGCGAUACAUAUAUAUGCAGUAACAUUUUACACUACUAUAAUAGUACCAUUUAUUGUAAUUUAAUAGAAUAUGGUAAUCUAAUUGAGCUUUGAGGGUGGGAAUUGCGUAGAGAAACGAUAGAAAGAGUGAGAGAGUGAGAGUGCCCGCCUAAAAGCUGAAAGGAAAAGCGACUGUAUAUUACUCUUUUACGCGUGUCUCCUUUUUUUUACUUUUUAUCAAUGAUGUUUUUACUCCCGUCUUUUUUAUUAUCAAAUAUUGUCAACGCUACACCACCACGUAGUUUGAAAGUUGUUUUUUAACGAGAGAGGAUGGUCUUGUAUUCCUCUUAAUCAUUUUAGAUACGUGUGUCUCUAAAUUCUGUGAAAUCGAUAAAUAUAUCAUAAUUGCUACUGCCAUAGCGCCCGGACACAGUCGGCGAGAACGUUUGUAAAGAGAAAAAUCGACUUUUGCAACGAUUUACCAACGAUACGCCUCUGUUGCCACGAUAAAUCGUUUGUCAGUUUAAAAAAUUUUCCAUACAAAAAUAGGGUAGCGUUUUAAAAUAAUAAUUUUACUUCUUUUGACUAUAAUUCUUUCAGGCUGAUGUCUGGGAAUGAAUCUCAUUUCGAUGAUCUAUUCGUAACGGAGUACCUUCCAAAAUGAAACCAAUUUGUAAAUCGAACUUUCUAAUUUAUAUUGUCGAGUGCAGAUCUGAACGGUUGCAUGAGAGGUGCACGCUAGCGCAAUUUAUUUGUUGAAUCGGAACGAACGAAUGUUUUAAUGAUGUUGAGAGGAAAAAAAAAAAGAAAACGAUGAUGUCGCCGAUCUUUGUCAUCUUAUUAGGUGAAACUCGAGAUUUUUACCUCGAACGAUGAAAAGAAAAAGGAAAGAAAAUAGAUGGAAACGGAAUGAAAACGGCUCGGUAAAAGAGCGGCGCGUUGAUGCAGAGUAAAAUGCAUAUCUCUCCGAAACGGUUGGAACAAUUUUUAUGUAGCUCGAUUCUGUUAGAAUUUGAUACUAGCUCUGUAUACCGAUAUAUCUAUAUUAUAAAAGAUCACUAUAACGAAAAGUUGCGGACGAGGGGGAGCUAUACAUAUUAUAUAUAAAUAUAAAUAUAAAUAAAUGAGUAAAUAAUUAAAGUAAGCCGACGAACGUGUCGUCUUCGUGGGUCGUUGUUGGUCGACGCGUAAAAAAAAAAAAAAGGUGUAAGAACUAUAAGAUUUAUUAACUAUAUUAACUACUAUUACUGCCGUAUCGAGUCUCUCAGUCCAAAAAGUACCACGGAGUACUUGCAAUCUCAUCAAGAACUUAUAUUAUAUCGAUUUCUGUAAACGAGAAAUGGCAAUGCAAACGAGAAAAAAAAAAAAAAAAAUGAAGAGUAGGGAAAUAGAUAAGCUCCGCGGAGUAAAAAAGGUUGACUGUGGCUACAUAUUUUGAGACAUCUUUUAAACACGUAAGAGUACAGCCGAUGAUAAAUUAAGUUCGACACGACGUAAAUCUCUCUGCGCGAGAAA